UUCCUUCCUUCCUCUUCUUUCGCGACGGGGAGAGUUCGCCGGGACGAAAAGCUCUUGGACUUCGAAAUGUUCGUUGUAGAGAAAUUUGUGGAGAUUCGAUCGCCGAAUUUGGGAUCCGCGCUUCCGCUGCAACGUGGGACAUCCGCUUCCACUCCCCACUCUCGUUCGUAUAAACGAAAAGCGUCGCGACGCUUCUCUCCGCGGAUUUCGUUCCGCGCUACGCGGUCCUCCUCGACGUUGGGGCGUCUUCGGUCCCCCCGGUGCGGUACGUAGACGCGAUCCCGCAGCAUCGCGGCAGCAGGUAUAUAAAAGAGGAAGACGAACCGAACCGUCGGACGAAGCUGGAAAAAAAAAAAAAAGAAAAACAGACGUAUCGAAAGACGAGAGUGAAAAGGAGAGAAAUCGAGCUCGGAAAAGGGGGCGCGCGGUACUCGGAGAGAGAAGCAAAGUUGGAGUUUUUGUAUGUGUAUAGUUAUAGCGUCGGUACACCGUACAGGUGGGCAUGGGUUAGCUGUUAGCUUGUAGCGAGCAAGCAAUAUCGGUGUAGGUAUAGAGGCGAACCAGCGAGUCGUCGUGGACGAGACCUGAUCCCAAAGCCAGGAGCCAGUCCAUCGUCGGACCUGUGCACGACCGAACGUCGCCCCGUACAUCUUGUCCGCGCGUUCGUGUCUCCAUGUGAUCCGCGAGAUACGAGCGACAGUUUUCAUUCACACCUUCGCCGUUGUUCGCCAAAAAAUAAAAUAAAUCACCUCCUCCGCCCUCCUCGCUUCGAUCACGCAUGCACGGAUAAUCGUUACGAGCGUCGGGGGAAUUCCCACUUGAUCAGAAGAAAGAGUGAAACUUUUUUCUAGUUCCUUUGAAUUUUUUUUUUUUUUUUUUUUUUUCACCUCUCGAGGGAUUUCGUUAGAAUGUCAAAAAUUGACGGAAGAGGAUCGGAAAGUUGACGCAUCCAUGCGAUGACGGGAUUCGAUGACGAGGCAUUCGAAUUGGAUAGUUGAAAAUUAUUUCUUUUCCUCUACGGUUUUCAAAGUGGUUCGAAAUUUCUGGAUGAAGAUAUUUGCGCCUCUACCGAGAUUAAUUAACGUCGUUUGGUGAAAAUUCGGAAAUUUAUCGUAUCGAUUGUGACGCGGGGUGAUGUGAAUGUGAACUUUGUUAGGACGAUAAUUAAAACCGUAUCGUAUACGGAAACUCGUGUUCCGGAUGGAAUCAUCCGCCUGCGUUAUAUUUGAGGAUAAAAAAAUGAUAAAUAAAUUUAAGGAGGAACAAAAAGUAAAAAGAAAUUUGAUAUACGCGAGGGUGCAGCAGCAGCAACAGCAGCAGCAGCGUAGUGGUUAUAUGUGAAGUACGUAAUCGUUGAUGUGGUGGACAUAUGAAUUGAAAGUGAAAAUUUCAUCGAAUCGUCCGAAGCGAUCGUCUGUGCGAUCCGAGGUACGACGAGUGUCGGUUCGAAAGAAGAGCGAAAAUAUACCGCUGCAAUUGCGAUCGAUGAUCGACGAGUCAUACAUCCGUGUAGACGAAGAGGACAGUUACGCGAAUAGAUAUAAUAAUAUAAACGUACACACGUGAAGCGGAAAGAUUUGACGAAAUAAAUUAAUAAAGUGAUAUUGUAUAUAAUGUGAGAAAUGCGUCGUGGCGAAGUCGCGGUAAUCGCGAUAGCCCUAUUGGUUCUCGGGCAAGUCCCGGGUCCUCGUCAAGUCAGGGUGGUCGGUGCCGUGGUAGUUGGAGCAGCUGUUUGCGGUCGGAUUCCCGGACUCGCCAAGGGUCAACGAGAACAGUGCAGAGCCGCGCCGCACGCAAUGCCGGCGGUAGGAGAAGGCGCUGCCCUGGGGUUGCGCGAAUGUCGACACCAAUUCAGACACCACCGUUGGAAUUGUUCCCACGUCGCCAGCGACCAGGUUUUCGGACACGUCGUGGUCGUCGGAAGUAGAGAAGCUGCGUUCACCUACGCCAUAAGUUCCGCCGGCGUAACGUACACGGUGACAGCGGCCUGUAGCCGGGGUAACAUCACAGCUUGCGGUUGCGAAUCCGCCAUAAGAACCAGCAAAGAACUAGUUCCUAGCGGGUGGCAAUGGGGUGGCUGUAGCGCGGACGUGACGUACGGCAUGAGAUUCGCGCGCAGGUUUCUCGACGCGAGGGAAAUCGAAGGGGACGCCAGAAGCCUGAUGAAUCUUCACAAUAACAAAGCUGGACGAAAGAUCGUGAAAGCCCUUCUACAGACCGAAUGCAAGUGCCACGGGAUUUCCGGUUCCUGCACCGUCAGAACUUGCUGGCGAAAGUUACCCAGUUUCCGGCAGAUCGGCGACGCUCUGAUGAAAAAAUAUUACCGGGCGCGUCCCGUGAUGGCGAUCACACCACCCCCUCCGCCGACGAUUCAGAGUUCCCAGACCCUCGCGGAUUCACCGUUAUCCGAUACCGCGCCAAUUUUGGGUAACGACGCGAAAACCCAAGGCAAACCGAACGAUCCGACAAAGUCACGAGGCGAACGAAGACCCCAGAAGAAGGGGAACAAACCGCGAAGGCCACACUUGGUGCUGAAAAGGCCCAGAGCCACAGGCGGACCUGGCCACGGACCAAAGCGAAUCCCGAAACGAAGUGAACUCGUGUAUCUGCAACCAUCGCCCAAUUACUGCGAACCAGACCUGGCCCACGGCAGCUUUGGCACGCAAGGCCGCACCUGCAAUCGUACCAGCAGAGGAACAGACGGUUGCGAUCUGAUGUGCUGUGGCCGAGGGUACAACACUCAUCAGUACACAAAGGUGUUCCAAUGUCGUUGUAAAUUUCAUUGGUGCUGUCUCGUUAAAUGCGACACGUGUACGGAUCGCAUAGAAGAGUACACGUGUAAAUAGUUUCUUACAUUAGUUCGAUUAUAUAAGAGAAAGUACAAUCCAUCUGCAAUUGUAAUAACGGAUUUACGGAUUCCCAAUAACAACUCAAGUCCGUUUAUGUAACUAUGAUUAUGUAGAAAAUAUUUCUCCGUCUGUUUGUUUGCUGGAUCAAUUUUUAUUUUUUCAACUAGUUUAAAGUAUACGUUAUAUACAUACGAAAAUUGCAACAACCAUCGUCAUCAGAUGUUGCAAAAACAAAUUCAAAAAAUAAUGUUUGAAUAUACUUGAGACGUGAACCAAAAAAGAAAAGAUAAAAAUUGAACAAAUCCUGGGAAAUUAGAGAUCUGUUUGAUAUAGGUAUAUCUGUAUAAUUUAAUAGCUAUCAUAGACAUAUUGAACUGCACAUUGCAUCUGUAUGCGUGUAGCGCGAAUUUUGAUGCAUGUACAUGUAAGUAGCCGUAGGUGCGAGGAAUUACACAAAAAUUAUUUUCAAAGAGAAAAAAAAGAUGAGAGAAAAAAAUCGAAUCAAUUCGUAAUUAGAAGGGCGACUGUUGAUCUGAUCGCCAUCUCCUCUCCCUUGUUUGAUAUUAUAUCUUUUUUUCUUCACAAACAGUCGUCUGAUUGACGCAACAGAUUCUCAGGAGCUGCAAUAAAUAUUAUAAUUAUUGUCCGUCUAAAAUUAACAGAUGAUUUUUUUCAUUCGAUCAACCGAGAUGUUAAUUUUGACGGUUGGUAUAUCAAUUAAUUACGGCUAUGUACUUUUUAACGCUGAUAUGUGCAGCGAGAAGAUGUACUUAAUCUAUGACCAUAGACUACAUGACACUAGAUUGUACGAUAUAUUUAAAAUAUCAGGAAAAUGAUUAUUAAUGUACUGGAGAAGUCCGUGUGAGAUACCAGCGAUUAGAUUUAGAAAGAUAUUUUACCUUGAAUGUAAUUAUGAAUAAGCGUUAAGGACUUUCAUCAUGUUUCAUCGGCGUACUAUAUACGUAACUUAUUAUUUAUUGAAAUAAAACGAAAGAAACGAAGAAA